UCUAAAAAGCCAUGACAGACCCUCCUGAACCUUCAACCUCAUCAAGCACAACCACCCCAAACCCAACCCAACCAUCACCUUUCGAACAUGGUCUCGUUUCCACCCCUGAACCCAUCUUCAAUGAAUCAUCAAACACAACCACCCCAAACCCAACCCGACCAUCAAUAUACAUACACCCACGUAGAGAACCUUUCGAACAUGGCCUCAUUCCCAUCCCUAAACUCAUCUUCACAGACGGCAUUCAAACUCUAGCUUCUUUAAAAGAAAAACUCCUUACUUUGUCCGGGUUGACUCACCGUGUCAAUUUGGAGGCAAUCUCGGAAACUCUUCAGAUCUCUCUGGACCAUGCCCGACUUGUCCUGGAGACCAUUGGCUCGGUUCUUCACUCCGAUUCAGAUCCUCUGCUGACCGCCAAGCCGUCGGAGAUUGAGUCAAUUGGGGUUGAUGCGUUUGAUUUGUUGCUAUUUUUGUAUAUUCAGUCGUAUAAAAGGUUGCUUCCGAAGGGGCACAAGGAUGCUGCCGCGGUAGCCGAUGUUUGGCCCUCGACUUCGACUUUCGAGGGGUAUUUGUCGGUUCUCUCUCCAUUGCAGCUUGUCCGCAGCAACAGCCGUCGGUUUAUGCCAUCACAAGGUGAUGAAGAGGCUCAUCAGUUAUCCUAUUUACAGAAACACUUGGGCAACAUUCUCUCUCUUUUGGCUGACUCUGCAGAAGGGGAAGGCGAUGAAACUCUGGUUUGA